CAGCUCCAGUGGAGGCUCAGUCUGGCAGGCUGUACGGUAACCAUACAAGGCUUUAUGACAGAGGUUACCGGGCUGUCCAGCAAACAUCCAGACGGUCAGCUCCCACGGCACGCGGGACUCUGCUCAUCCAGGCGGACGCACACCGCCUCUUCCCUUUGCUGCUCUCCCGUUACCAGCUAACCAGACUGACCCCACCAACGUUUCAUGAUCCGGAGGCUAGCAGCAGAUCAAAACAAGGACAAUCGCUCCAAGUUUCAGCGACGAUCCGCGUUUGAGCAACCAGGAGGUCGAGCAGCCUGAAGAGACACCGGAGAGAGAGAGAGCGGAGUCCGGAGCCAGGCGGCAAGAGCUAGCCAGGGGUGGUGGCUGGAUAAACUAGAGGGGGUUGCCUGCAGCUCCUGGUGGAUUUAUUCGCUGCCAGCUAACGUUAGCUCAGCUAGCUCCCAGCAGCACCAUGGAUUGGUUAAUGGGGAAGUCCAAGACGAAGCCAAAUGGAAAGAAGCCACCGGUAGAAGAGAAGAAACAGUAUGUGGAGCCAGAGUUCACGAAAACCCGAGUGGUGGAUUUCGAUUUGAAGGAGUUGGUGGUGCUGCCCAGAGAGAUCGACCUCAACGAAUGGCUAGCGAGCAACACAACAACCUUCUUCAAUCUUAUCAACCUGCAGUACAGCACCAUUUCAGAGUUCUGCACUGGGGAAACCUGUCAGGCCAUGACGGCUUGUAGCACAAUAUACUACUGGUAUGACGAGAGGGGGAAGAAGACGAAGUGCACUGCUCCACAGUACGUCGACUUUGUAAUGAGUCUUUGUCAGAAACUGGUCACAGAUGAGGAAAUCUUUCCCACAAAAUACGGCAAAGAGUUUCCCAACUCGUUCGAGUCGUUGGUAAAGAAGAUCUGCCGGUACCUGUUCCACGUGCUGGCUCACCUCUACUGGGCGCACUUUAAGGAGACGGUGGCUCUGGACCUGCACGGCCACUUGAACACUCUGUAUGCACAUUUCAUCGUUUUCGUAAGGGAGUUCAACCUGAUCGACCCCAAGGAGACCUGUAUCAUGGACGACUUGUCCGAAAUCCUCUGCAGCCCCGUACCCUCCCCGGCCCCCUCCUCCGCAGCCCCAGCCCCCUCCCCGUCUUCACAAAACCACGUGACGGAGAGAUGAGCAGGGGUCGAGACGGCGGCCCAGGGGGGUGAUGGAAGAAAAAAGAGGAGAGGAGGAAAAGAAAAACCCACGGCCCAGCCCCCUUCCUCGGUGCAAGCAGGACUUCUGAAACCUUCCACUACCCUUAGAUUUCGCUACGACACCAACAAACUAGCUGGAAGAAAAACGCCGGGGACGGUUUUAAGCGGGGGGGGAGGGGUUUAAGGUUGCGGGGAGGGGUUUGUCACGCCAGCAGGAAUUGGCGUGAGCGUUCCUCCCAGGGACAAAUCCCUCCCAUCUUCUCUGCGAUCUAAACUAGGAACAAAAAUCUGUGUAUAUUUUAUUUUUUUGGUUUAUAUUUUCCUCUUUUAUUUUUGUUGAAAAUUUUACUCAGUUUUAUUUUGUUGUUGGAGCAGGGUGCUGUGUUUGGACCCACCUCCACCUGUCCUUUGCCUAGUAUACAGUACAGGAAAGGGUGGCGGGAAGGGGGGACUGCUUUGCUUCAACCUGCUAUGUGUACAGUGUUGUGUGGAUGAUGCUCACCUGUAGGCUCUUCUUCCCCCUGGUCUGGGUGGGGGGGCUGCUAUGUUUAGGAGGCAGCCAUGUUACUGCCCGAUGGGGCAAGGGGCUAGCCAAUCACUGUUUGGGUUCUUUAUCUGGAGGGGGGGGGGUUAUGAAGGCGCUUUCUACUCAGGAUCUGAGAGAAUCAGACACUGCUGCCAGAGAGGAGCCCCUCAUUCAUUCUGUCCUUUUUCUUUCCCUAUUAGACUCCCUCCUAUGACAAACGUUUAUACCCCCCAAAAAACACCUGGAUGAAUCCCUGACGAGCGUGUCCCAGAUCCUACCUAUAGAGGGCAGCAAACAUGCAGAGGAAGCCCCAGACACACAGCGGCUAAAUCUAAAGAUUGUACACUAGAUGUAAAAUCUUUAUCAGAGGGAGAAUACUUGGAGGCAGACUGGUUGCCCAUUUAGGGCGAUUCCCAGCUGCUUGCUGGUGACGAGCCCAGCGGCACCACCCACUCCAGCAGCACAGGAGGACAAAGACAUGAGGUCAUGUCUGCAGGCUCGGAGAGGCGAGCAUGAUGACGGAUAGGAGGGGUGGGAAGGAUGGUGCGCUGCUGCGUAAACACUCACCUAUACUUCCAGCUCAGAGCUUAAAAAAAAACAAAAUAUAGCUUUUAUUUUUCGCCUCUCCCUUUAAAUUGCUUUUUUUUUUAGAGG